ACGCGUCAGAGCCGUGACGUUUGUUUUCUGGAAAUCGGUGAAAUGUGGAUUUCCUCCAGUUGUUCUCAGUCCCUUGACGAGUGAGAGGAGUGCGGUGUGCACUAUGAGUGGGGCGGCGCUGGGAAUAGAGAUUGUGGUGGUCUUUUUCCUGGCUCUCUUCCUCCUGCAUCGCUAUGGCGACUUCAAGAAGCAGCAGCGCAUGGUUCUCUUUGGCACACUGCUGGCUUGGUAUUUAUGCUUUCUCAUCGUCUUCAUUCUUCCCCUGGAUGUCAGCACGACAAUCUACAAGCAGUGUUUAAUUGAUCACGAAGCACAUGCCCAGACGCCCUCAGUGAGCCCUGUCCUUUCAAACCAGACAACUCCAAAUACCUCCAUCUCAGCCAGUAAAAACACCCAACGUGUGUGCUAUAAACCAUGGAGCUACAUUCCAGAUGGCAUCAUGCCCGUGUUCUGGAGGGUUGUUUAUUGGACAUCACAGUGUCUUACUUGGCUCCUUCUGCCAUUCAUGCAGUCGUAUGCUCGUUCUGGAGGAUUCUCCAUUACUGGAAAGAUCAAGACGGCUCUCAUUGAGAAUGCCAUCUAUUAUGGCACAUACCUUUUCAUCUUCGGCUCUCUUCUCAUCUAUGUGGCCGUGCAUCCUCAGUGGCACCUCUCCUGGUCUGUAAACCAAUCCAGAACAUUCUUCCAUUGUUGGCUUUCCAUACUGACUUUUUUUCUGUAUCACUUCACCAGGUAUGAGCUGCAAACCAUCGGCAUCACUGCAGCCAACACUUGGGGUCUGUUUCUUCUAGUGUUGCUCUUGGGCUACGGCCUGGUCGAGAUCCCUCGCUCGUAUUGGGAGGCAUCGCGCCAGGGUCACCUCCUCAUCAAGACUUACUUCAAAGCGGCCAAGCUCAUGACAGAGAAGGCAGAUUCAGAGGAGAACCUAGAAGAUGUCAUGGAGGAAGUGAGAAAAAUCAAUGAAUCAAUCAAAUAUAAUCAUCCAUUGAGGAAGAACGUGGACACCAUUCUCCGAAAGUGUCCAGUUGAAUAUCAGGAGAAAAUGGGCAGGAACAUGGACGACUAUGAGGAUUUUGAUGAUAAACAUAACACAUAUCCCACUGAAAGAAGCCUUUCAAAACUACACAAGCAGGUAAUCUACGCAGUCCAGCGGCACAAUCGCACGCACGUUCAGUGGCAGAUAUUGCUGGAACAGGCUUUCCAUCUUGAGGACGUUGCCAAGAAUGAAACCAGCACCUCUCGGCAGUUCGUUCACAGCUUUGCCCCUCCAGAACCUGUCGGCUGGUUCAGACGCUACAUUUAUACGCCCACAGUAGAGUGGUACUGGGAGUGUUUGCUGAAGCAGUGGUUUUACCGUAUACUGUCUGUGCUUCUGUCACUCUUUUCGGUGGCUGUGGUUUGGUCCGAGUGCACUUUCUUCAGUACUCGUCCCGUUCUGUCACUCUUUGCUGUGUUUAUCCAGCUUGCUGAGAGAGAUUACAACUACCUGUACAUUGAGAUGGCAUGCUUCAUUACCAUUUUUUUUCUUUGCACCUGCGUCUACUCCACUGUGUUUCGCAUUCGAGUCUUCAACUACUACUACCUGGCCUCACAUCACCAAACCGACGCUUACAGCCUGCAGUUCAGUGGCAUGCUUUUUUGCCGCUUGACUCCCCCACUUUGUCUAAACUUCCUGGGACUGAUUCACAUGGAUUCUGCCAUAUCCCACCAAGCAAAGGAGCAGACGGCAUACACCUCUAUCAUGGGUUCCAUGCGGGUCCUGUCCUUCAUUGCCAAUGGCUUCUACAUCUAUUACCCCAUGCUGAUCGUCAUUCUCAUUAGAUCAAGAGGUUGA